AUGGACAAAAAACGUUGGGAAAAACAAAGAAAACAGUAUAUUAAUGACCCCGCUGCUAUAGCCCUUCCUAUGGACCAAAUCGAAACCAAAUCGAAUAGGGAGAAUGCACCAUACGUGAUCCACUACGUGGGUCCAUUGCGGUAUGGAUCAGCCCAAAGUCAUCCAGUGAGCAAACCACCGGUUCUGAAGGAGUUACCACAGGAAGUACUUUUCCGGGUAGGAGAAAAGUUAGAGCUAAGCUGUGAAAUUGAAUCUGGUGACACCUCAGAUGUGAAGUUUGAAUGGAUAUCUGCGUUCCAAGACUUGAAAGGCAAUCCUAAUAUUGUGGAGAAUAAUCAGAAACUGGUAUUUAAAAAUAUGAAAGACACAGAUGAAGGAUUUUAUCAAUGUAUAGCUAAUACUUCAGCUGGUAUCGCAUCCACGCGAAGAGUUAAAGUCACAAAGUCGUACAUAAAUAUACCCAAAAUCUCCAUACAAAAAAUGAAGCCUGUGGAAGGAAGACCGUUCCAGCUGGCUUGCCCACCAAUCGAGGGUUACCCAAAACCAAUGGUGGAAUGGAAAAAGAAGUCUGUAGACACUGGGGAAUUGGAAACUAUUUUAGACCCAAGGAUUUUCUCACCUCAAGGCGAUUUGUAUUUCGCGAACGCAACCCAAGAAGAUGUCAGCACGAAGUUUAAUUACGUCUGCCUGGUGACGUCACCGGCUUUGGACGGGGAAGUGCCAGUGGUGGAGUGGGCAGUGGAAGAACUCACGAAGGACGAGAAGCCGGCCGAUCACGAGGUGGUGAAACAGUUCGUCAGCGGAGACAAGACGGCGAAGGUCGGGGACGUCACAGAGAUCUACUGCGUAUACGGUGGCAAUCCAGUGCCACACCCGGACUGGUGGAAGGAUGGUGUGAACGUCAACAACAAGGGUGACGAUCGCGUGACACGUUACAAUCGCAGCAGCGGCAAGCGGCUGUUGAUCAAAGAAACCCUGCCGGAGGACGAAGGCAAAUAUACCUGUGUUAUAGACAACGAAGCCGGCGGUGAAGUACAGAACAACACGAUACACCUCACCGUUGUCAGUCCUCCUAAAUUCGUGAAGACACCUGAUACACGCGUCAACGUCAAAGAAGGCGAAGAGCUCAUUUUGCCUUGCAAAUUUGAGAUGAAACCCUCAGGUGAAGUUACUUGGACACACAAUACAAAAAUGUUACGCGAUCAACCAACCAAUACAGCUCAAACAAAAGACAAUCUACACUAUGAAAACAACCUGAAGAUAGAGAAGAUCACAGCUGCUAUUCACAUAUUGCUCAUAAUCUUGGAAGAUAUACCACUUCACCUGAACGCUCUAGGUCUAUUUCAGCAAGUGUUGCACUGUGUACUGUUGAAAGACUUCCCUGUGGUGCGAGUUACGAGUCUCACAUUUGUUGCUGCCGUCUCGACUCUGGUGUUACACCAUUAUUUGGCGUUCAAAUUCUUUGGAACAGUGUUUUAUAGCUUCUCAGAGAUACUGGCUUACUUCACGUUGUGUCUGUGGGUUGUGCCUUUCGCGCUGUUUGUGUCAUUAUCAGCAAACGACUAUGUAUUACCAACGACAGAUGAAAGGCAAAGCUUACUGGGUGACAAUAAUGUGGUAACAGACUAUUUAUCUAGAACUUCCAAGAAGUACAGUCUGUUGUCCUUCUUCAGUUUCGCCAAAGAAUCGAUAUUACCGCAGCGAACGAAGAAAGCCUUCUGA